CCCAAAGAAAAGUUUCUUCUAUAGAGACAACAUUUUGAAACUGUUGACAUACGCACAAAACCCUAACGAAAAGUCGAAGGAUUAGAGGAUGAGUCGUGGAAGCGGAGGUGGAUAUGAUCGUCACAUUACGAUCUUCUCUCCAGAAGGUCGUCUCUUUCAAGUAGAGUAUGCUUUUAAAGCCGUUAAGGCUUCUGGGAUCACCUCUAUCGGUGUCCGGGGUAAAGACUCUGUCUGUGUUGUAACCCAGAAGAAGGUUCCGGACAAGCUUUUGGAUCAGACUAGUGUCACACAUCUUUUCCCCAUCACAAAGUAUCUCGGAUUGUUAGCAACUGGCAUGACAGCUGAUGCAAGGACCUUGGUUCAACAAGCAAGGAAUGAGGCAGCUGAAUUUCGCUUCAAAUAUGGAUAUGAGAUGCCUGUUGAUGUAUUGGCUAAAUGGAUUGCAGACAAAUCACAAGUCUAUACCCAACAUGCCUACAUGAGACCUCUUGGAGUAGUUGCUAUGGUUUUGGGUAUUGAUGAUGAGUUUGGACCGCGGCUCUUUAAAUGUGAUCCAGCUGGCCAUUUCUUUGGUCAUAAGGCAACAAGUGCUGGAUCAAAAGAGCAAGAGGCUAUAAAUUUCCUAGAAAAGAAAAUGAAGAAUGAUCCCGCAUUUACCUACGAGGAGACGGUGCAGACUGCAAUUUCAGCCCUGCAAUCUGUUCUACAAGAGGAUUUCAAGGCAAAUGAGAUUGAGGUUGGAGUUGUGAGGAAGGAGAAUCCGGGCUUCAGAGUGUUGUCUACUGAGGAGAUUGACGAGCACUUGACCGCAAUAAGUGAACGUGAUUAAGUUCUUGCAGAAGUCCAAAGCUCUAUUGUUUUGUGUCAUUCAGUUAUUCUAAAUCGCAAAAAGCCUUCUUGUUUCUGUUUUUAUCUGUUUACUUUAAUCAGCAGAUGUGUUCUUAAAGCAGACUGUUUGAUAUUUAACGUACUAGUAAAAAAUAUAUGCCUCCAAAUAUCCUA